AUAAAUAAUGUCAAAAUAAAUGUGAUUUCAGUUAUUGCCAUUAGUAAAAUGCAUGAGCUUUGUCAGCCUUCCUUCAGCCCGAAGUACCUCUUGGAAUUAUUGGCCAGUGGAUCUCUUAGAUCUUUAGUGCUUGCUGUGGCUGCAGAGUUACCACGGUUCUGUAAAAGCGAAUUGAGAGCAUGACGGCCAGAGAACCUGUUCAUUUCACAGAGAAUUCCCCUGGCUGUGUGCUGGGCAGCAGUACGCGCACAAGGGCUCCUAUCCCGGAGGCGUGGAGUAGCACUGCGUUACGUAUAGGGGCUGCGCUGGGCAGGGCGCGCUCCCCGUCCUCCCGCCAGCAAAGGGCCGGAGGGGCGGCCGUGCGUAAAAGCUCCAUUGAAGCCGUCUUCCCCAAGCACUGAUCUCAAGUUGCACGUGUGUGAUAAACCCGGUCUCUGCUGCUCCUUUUUUUUUUUUUUUUUUUUUUUUUUUUUCCUUUUUUAAUGUAAACUUCUUUAAAAGGGGCUCGAUACCGAAAGUGAAAGUAGUAAGAGUUACUUCUCGCUCCUUAUACGGGGACUCUUGCAAGGCGGAAUAUUUUUUUUCCAGAUUAUUUAGCAAAUUUCCUGGGCUGGGGCCAGGGCGGGGAGUUCCAAAAGUCCCAAGGCCGACAGGGCGGAGGGCGCUGCCCGCACGGCUCCGCACCCUGCAGGGAGGAGAAAGGGCGGCCCGGCGCUCGGCCGAACCCUGCGGAGCAGAGCCGCCCACUAGCAGCUCGUUGCGCUGGGAGGCGCGUCCCCGGAGGCUUCAACCUGUUGGCUUUGUGCCGCUUUCCAGUCCCGUUCCGGGGAAUUCCGCCUCUCCUGCAGAGCUGGCGGCGCCUUGCUGCGGCGCUGUGACUCAGCACGUGGGGCCGCGCCUGGUGGCGGGGCACAGAGCGGGCAGCGCUGCGCACCACUCGCACAGCGGCCGCCGGGAGCGAAGACGGGCGCGAAUUUCUUUCGAAGGCAGAGAUCAUCAGUGCCAACAACAUGGAGGUUGUUGACAGCUUGCAGUUUCGUCAGCUGCUCCUGCUCAUUGAUGAAAAACUGGGGGCUGAAGAUGUAGCAGCAUUAAAAUUUCUCUGUACUGACUUGAUCCCCUUCAGAAAACUAGAACGUGUGCAGUCAGCAAUGGACAUUUUUCAGCUUCUUAUAGAUGAAGGUUAUCUGAAUGAGGAAGAUACUUUCCUGCUAGCUGAACUAUUAUACAGAAUUAAAUAUCACUCCUUGCUCAGUCUGCUUGGCUAUACUAAAGAGAAAGUGCGAGAAUGUCUGCGUGAGAAGGGAAGAGUGUCUCCGUACAGGCAGAUGCUGUAUGAAUUGUCAGAGAACAUUACCAAUGAGAUGUUGCAGGAAAUUCUAUUCCUCCUGAGAAACCAUCUUCCAAAGCGACACAGAACUAUUUCUGCUUUGGAGUUGCUGAUUUUAUUGGAAAAACAGGGUCUUUUAACUGAAAACAAUGUGCAGAUACUGGAGGAAGUCUUAAAAAAUGUUUCACCUGAUCUCCUGGAAACAGUAAACUGCUACAGAAUGGCAAAUGUAUCUCUGUCUCAGCAGGAGAAUGUUCUUCCAAUCAAGGAAUCUUCACCAUCUUAUGCUGUAGGCAUCAGAGUAUUCAAUUCCCCUCAGGAGACCUCAAUCCAAUUUGUCAGUUCCAGUAUCCAUGAUCAUUAUGUUGAAGAACCUGGGAGCCCACGGGAACAUGCUGGAAAUGUGAACUCUGUACCUGGGAGGCAAGAUAACAGAGUGCCUAAUCUUACACAAGUCUUCUCUAAAACGAACCUGCAGCUGUCUGGAGGAUUCAGUGGUGUAGAAAACGAAUCCAAGGUGUCAACUUACAAAAUGGAUGGGCCACAGAGAGGAAUUUGUCUUGUUAUUAAUAAUGUUAAAUUUGAUGGGGUUCUUCAAGAGAGAAAGGGUUCUUAUAAAGAUGCCUGGGAAUUGGAGAGAGUAUUCAAAUGGCUUGGUCUGGAUGUGAGGACUUAUACAGAUCAGACAUCUGAUCAGAUUAAAGAACUGAUGCAAGCAUGGCAGAGUUCAGAAGACCACAAGGAUAGGGACUGUUUUGUUUGUUGCAUUCUAUCUCAUGGAGAGUCAGGAGCAGUGUAUGGGAAAGAUGGGAAGCUUGUAUCAAUCCGCACUAUCAUGACCUACUUCACUGCCAAAAAAUGUCCACAGUUGACUGAAAAACCCAAACUAUUCUUUAUCCAAGCAUGCCAAGGUAAAGAGAUACAGCGUCCUGUCUGUGUUGAAACUGAUGCACGAGUUCCUAACUUCUCUUCUGUACAACAGAGCAUUUCUCCUUCUGAAAGUAUUCCUGAAGAGGCUGAUUUCCUCCUGGGCAUGGCCACAAUUGAUGGAUAUGCUUCUUUCCGACAUGUCCAAGAGGGUACUUGGUAUAUUCAGGCCUUGUGCAGCAAGCUACAAUUGUUGGUACCAAGGGGUGAAGAUAUUUUGUCCAUCCUUACAGAAGUUAAUGAAGAUGUUAGCAAGCGUGUUGACCGUUGUGGAACAAGGAAGCAGAUGCCCCAGCCAGCAUAUACCUUAAGACGACGACUUAUAUUCCCAAUACCUAGAGACCCUCCUCCUUCACAGAGACAUCAAGACUUUUAAAAUACAUCUUUUUGUCAGUAUGUCUCUUUAAAUGCCAUUCACAACACCUGUUUAAGGCAGUUACUGACUCCUGAGGAGCUAUUAGUGUCAAGGCAAGGCUUUUUUUUUCUUGCCAGAGAAAAAAAAACUGUGAAGCUGAGUUGGAAGAGAUGCAGUUAACAUAAUCAGUGUGCCAGCUAUUUCAAUCAUCUAUAUAAUCAGUGUUUUCAAGGAUGGGAGAAGCAAGUUUCUAUGAUGUUAAACAUUUUUGUACUGGCACAAACUGCAGAUGUAAAAGCCUAUUUCAGCCAGCGUAAGGAUUGCAUAUGUAGCCUUCUAUAUAUUCCUUUAUAUCUAAACUAGAAUGUUAAGUCUAGUUUAGAAUCAUCAAAUUUUAUUUUGCAUACUAAUAUGUUUAAACCUACCUCUAAAACCAUAAGCUGUGUUCACAGAGAAAGGCAAAGUUAGGAAUGAAGAAGAGAAAGUUUAAGUAGUAGGUGGAGGAGAAUUUCUUUCAUUCCUAAUUUAAAUUACUUAUAACUACUGAAAAAGCACUUGCUUUGUUCACUGGACACACUGAUACCCUCUAAUAGCUAACAUCAACCUCUCCUACAAGGAGAUGUUUCCAAGACUGAGUAUAGACAAUAUGCUACAGUAUUCCCUCUGUGAAACCUUGUUAACUCUCAUUUCCACAUGACUUCUUGUAAGAAAAGUUAGGAUGGGACAACUGAGCACUACAAAAUGAUGAUAUUCAGCAUUGUAUCUGCAUACAUUGAUCAGACUGAUUAACUGGAAACAUUAAAUUUCCUGAUUUCUUACUUUAAGAUAUAAAAUGCAUUCAUGUGGGACAGAAGGCUCUUUAUUAAGCUUCUAACAGAGUAUGUUUUAGAGUUAACCAAAAUAAUAUGAUGUUAUUUUGUUAGAGACAUUUACUAUGUGUAUCUGUGUCCUUCCUGUUUGUUACUGAGUUUAAUGUAUACUUAUUUUUAAGAACUAGGGAGUGGGGAGGGGGGAGAAAGUAAUAAUAAAAAUUUUGUACAGGGCUAAAGCUUAUCAUUGCUUCUGCUUGCCUACCUGCAGAAUACAUGUAAUGGAAUAAUUCAGAUGAAAGAGGCCUUCAAAGAUCAUCUUGUCCAACUGCCUGACUGCUUCAAGGCAAAUCAAAAGAUAAAGCAUGUAAUUGAGGGCAUUAUCAAAAUGCCUCUUAGACACUGACAGGCAUGGGGCAUCUCUAGGAAGCCCUUUCCAGUGCUUGACCACCCUUAUGGUAAAGAAAUUUUUCCUAAUAUUUGGUUUGAACCUACUCUGGCACAGAUUUCUGCCAUUCCCUUGUGUUAUAUCUUUGUUGGGCCUCAUCAGUCAAUGGGAUUUUUAGUGCUUCAGGACUUGAGCUGAAGUGAAGCUUAGUUUAUUUCAACAAGACAGUGGUGGUUAUCUAUAAUUACUAGCUGUAAAAUAGCUGAAGACUUGGGAUGAGAAAGUGAGAGAGCAUGGACUGAUGCUGCUGGAAGCAAUUUUUGCUUGCAGUAUGCACGAUUUUUGGGAGAAGAGUUUUGCAUCAUCCAAAGCAUUAAAUUGCAGACAAUCUGCCAAAACAUACUUGUUACUUUUUGUCAUUAUGAAUUGACCUACAUUCUAAGUCAAUUCAUGACUGUAUUCUAAGUCUUCUGAAUCAGUGUAGUUGCUAUGCUUGAACUUUCAUUUAUGUCACAGGUAGAAACUAUUUUCUCUGCUAGUAGAAUAUAUAACAUAAUAGAAUCACCAAGUAUCUGGCUCAAAAUUAGUGUUCAGAUUUGGUGCGCUCCUCUUUUGUAUGUUUAGGUAACAACUGAAUUUUAUCAGUACAAGCACUGACAAGAAUCUUAGAAUCAUAAGAGUGAUUUGGGUUGCAAGAGUGUGGGAAUACAAUAAACUGUUCAGAGCAGCAGCUGUGGAGCAAGAUAAACAGCAUGAGAACCAAGGACACCUAGAAGAAGAAAGAAUGUCUCACAGCUCAGAUUAGAAAGCGCCUGCAUGAACAGUUGAAGAGUGUUUGUAGAAUGCUCUGUUGACCUGUAAAGGUGGAUAGGAAAGCUAGACAAAGGGAACUUCUGAAGUGAUGUAAGAACUUGCAAUAAAUGAUUUGGAUUGUU